AUGAAUCAGCAAGUGCUCACGCAGGCAGAACUGGAUGAGUUCGAGGAGCGUUUGGUAAAAAUGGAUUUCAGACUGCGAAAAGCCAAGCAAGCCAGAGACGAAUAUGUGGAUUUCUUGCGACAGAAAUAUCCGUUCUGGAAGCCAACUGAAAUUUCAGCACGUCCACCGCCCACUUCAUCGCUGCAAGGAGCGAACAAACGUAUCUUGGACAUUUUGGCAACAAGUAAAUAUCACUGGAACCUUGGAAAGCAACAGCAUGCUCCAGAAACUCAAUAUGAGCCGAAGAAAUUCGAGCCAAAUGAUCCCAUACCGUCAAGGGGGCCAGCACUGGAACCAGAUUUGCAGCGAAUUAGAAAACGCUUAGCCGAAAUUGCCUCCGACUUGGAGAAUUUGCGCGAACAUCGGCUUCAUCUUUCUACGACAGAAUACUUUCACUCGAUUGGGCAUCAGUUUUGGUCGACCGAAAAUCGAGAAUUGCCAGGGAAAAAGACAGACAGCGAGCCGUUGCGAAACUUUUAUUUGAUACGGCGACAAAUUGAACAGAUCGGUGAGUUUGCAUUUGAGUCUCUUUGCAAGCUAAAAUUGAUCUAUCUUCAUUCUCUAGGUGUUUAUUUGGCCAGGGAAUAUUCUUUUGUGAACUCAUUUUUGCCAAACAAUCUUUUAGUGAAUUUUACCUUUGAUUUCGGAAGCACUUGCUUUAUAGGGUCCAGCCUUGAGUAUAUUUUCUUAGCUUUCUUACUUUGGAAAGCACACUGUAGCGGGUAG